AUGGCUCCUCUUCCCUCUACCACGCGUCCCUUACCCAAAAACUCCACUCCUAAUCCGCCCAAAACCUCCCCCCAUCCUCUCCCCCACACUGCCCCCCCUCUAUUUGACCGUGAGCCCUUCAUAGUGACCUGGAACAUCCCAAAGCUGGUCUGUAACAGGUACAACAUCUCCCUGGACACCUCCCCCUACAGAGGCGUGGCCACACCUGCCAAGGUGCCAGGUCAGUUCUUGUCUCUGUUCUAUACUGACCGACUGGGGCUCUACCCCCACGUGGACCUGCCUUCCAGGCAGCAGUUCUAUGGAGGCAUCCCCCAGAGAGGAAACCUUAGGGCCAGUCUGGCCAAGGCCAGGGCUGACAUCAACUACUACAUCCCCUCCAAGACGGCCCGUGGCCUGGCUGUGAUCGACUGGGAGGACUGGCGCCCCCUGUGGGCCAGGAACUGGGGCUCCAAGUGGAUCUACAGGACCCUAUCAGUGACCCAUGCCCGCCAGAGGGACCGCUCCCUCACAGCCUGGCGGGCCACGGCUACGGCCAAGAAGCAGUUCCAGGCAGCAGCCCGCAGCUACAUGGCAGGAACUCUGUCCUUGGGUAGCCGCCUCAGGCCCAACUACCAGUGGGGAUUCUACCUGUUCCCCAACUGUUAUAACCAUGGAUGGAUGGUGCCGGGAUACACAGGGAGAUGUACCAAGGAGGUGAUGGGGCAGAAUGAUGAGCUGCUCUGGCUGUGGGAGGCAAGUUCCGCACUCUACCCCUCUAUAUACCUGCAGGCGUCUCUAGGGGACAGGCAUAGCGCCGCCCUCUUGGUGAGAAACCGAGUCCAAGAGGCGCUGAGGGUGUCUGCCCUGCCCGCCCGGCCCACCACCGCACCCGUCUACGUGUACACACGACCCGUCUUCGUCGACCAGAACAGACGCUUCCUCAGCCAGGGGGACCUGGUCAGCACCAUCGGGGAGAGUGCUGCCGUGGGGGCCUCAGGAGCCGUGCUGUGGGGGGCCAGUGCCGACUACGAUGACAAGGCGUCCUGUCAGGCUCUUUCCUCGUACCUCACCACCACGCUCAACCCCUACGUCGCCAACGUGACAGCCGCCGCCCAGCUCUGCGGCGACUUCCUGUGCCAGGGGAACGGGCGCUGCGUCCGGAAGCACUACGAGUCGGACCACUACCUCCACCUGUCCUCAGGGAACUUCCGUAUCCUCCGGGCCAGGGGCACGUACAUGGUCCUGGGGACGCCCAGUCUGGCUGACCUGACUCUCUUCUCCAGGAGGUUCACCUGUCAAUGCUAUGCAGGACGGACAUGUUCCCCCAAGCUGCCCAUACACCUGUCUAAAGCACUGGUGUUUAGACUGAAGCAUCAGGGUCUGUCGGACAAGACUAAGACACUGAAUAAAGUGAUCGCUGAUAUGGAACAAUCAACCAUUAAAGAGAACUUGAAAAAACACUGAAACACCGAUGGGUGGAUCAUGAGUGUUGACCUGUGUAACUGGACUGUGUCCUAUGUAACAUACACAAGGUGGCCCAAGU